CACAAACACACUCGCCACGUGCCCGUCCGUCUGGCCGUCUGUUUGUGGACGCUGAAGAAGAGGAGAGGAUCCACCAUCCAAACGCCGCUGCCGAAGCUCUCACCUGAAAAUUGGUGCCAUGGACGUAUCAGAGUUUCGACGCAGAGGGAAGGAGAUGGUGGACUAUGUGGCCGACUACCUGGAGAACAUAGAACAGCGACCGGUCUACCCGGAUUUGGAACCAGGGUAUCUUCGUUCCUUGAUCCCCACUGAGGCCCCAGUGGAGGCUGAGAAUUAUGAGGACGUUUUGAAGGAUGUGGAGAGGGUCAUCAUGCCAGGGAUCACCCACUGGCACAGCCCAUACUUCUUUGCCUACUUCCCAGCUGCUUCCUCUUACCCUGCCAUGUUGGCCGACAUGCUGUGUGGAGCCAUAGGCUGCAUUGGAUUCUCCUGGGCUGCCAGCCCAGCCUGUACAGAGUUGGAGACAGUGAUGUUAGACUGGCUGGGGAAGAUGCUGCAACUGCCUGAAUAUUUUUUAGCUGGGACUCACGGUCAUGGAGGAGGUGUCAUCCAGAGCACAGCCAGCGAGGCAACCCUGAUGUCUUUGCUCGCUGCCCGCUGUAAAGCAAUCCGACAGGCCCAGGCGUCCAACUCCAACCAAUCAGAGGCUGAAAUCCUCUCCAAAAUGGUGGCUUAUACCUCUGAGCAAGCUCAUUCCUCAGUGGAGCGUGCUGCUCUGAUUGGAGGAGUGACGAUGAAGAAGGUUCCUACAGACAACAGCUUUGCUGUCAGGGGGGACAUGCUUAAGAAGAUGGUGGAGGAGGACAAAGCAGCCGGACUCAUCCCUUUCUACUUCUGCGCGACUCUCGGUACCACUCCAUCAUGUGCUUUUGACCACAUCACCGAGCUGGGGCCCUUAUGUAAUGAGGAAAAUAUGUGGAUGCACAUCGAUGCAGCAUAUGCUGGCAGUGCAUUUAUCUGUCCUGAAUUCAGGCCUUUGCUGAAUGGUGUUGAGUUUGCAGACUCUUUCAACUUCAACCCACACAAGUGGAUGUUAGUCAACUUUGACUGCUCUGCAAUGUGGGUGAAGAGGAGAACGGACAUUAUUGGAGCCUUCAAGAUGGAGCCACUCUACCUGAAACAUGAAAACCAGGAGUCAGGCCUGGUCACAGACUACAGGCAUUGGCAGAUUCCACUGGGGAGACGGUUUCGCUCGCUGAAGCUGUGGUUUGUCUUCCGUUUGUAUGGACUCAAAGGCCUGCAGGCUCAUAUACGCAAGCAAGUGGCCCUGGCCAAGGAGUUUGAGAGUCUGGUCCGAGCAGAUAAGAGGUUUGAGAUCUGUGCCGAGGUCAUCAUGGGACUGGUCUGCUUCAGGCUCAAGGGCUCCGAUGAUCUGAACAAGAACUUGCUGAAGAAGAUCACCAAAAGCAGAGAGAUCCACCUGGUGCCUUGCCAGCUCUCCGGCCGCUUUGUCCUGCGCUUCGCCAUCUGCGCACGCUCUACCGAGUCACAUCACAUCCAACAAGCAUGGCGCCACAUCACUCAGCUGACCUUUGAGCUUUUGCAGGAGUCCACUAAUUGACCGAAAGGCUGGGAAGGGGCUGUCCACUCUGAUGCUGAAAUGAGGACCAAAAUUAGGACAAAAAUCCUGAGUUUUAUGUUAACGAUGUAAAAUGUCAUAUAUACAAUGAACAAUGAUUUCCCAGUUCGCUUAGAAUCAGGUGUGUUUCUGUCCGCAGCCAAGUUAUCCAGUCUAGUACACAGUGAUCAUUUAGAUGCUGAUUGUUUUGGAUUUAGCAAGUUUGUGUAUGUGAAAAAAACUUUUACACAUCUGCAAAAAACAAAAUGUGCAUAGAAGGAAAGGUUGCAGAUUCCAAAUAUUGCACUUUCUAUCUGCAACUCCUCCCUCUAUUGACUUCUAUUCUCUCACUCUUUAAUGUAUGAGUAUGUUAUUGUCCUCAUCAUAAUGCACUUAUCCCCAUGCUGACUUGUCUGUACUCUCUAUGCCGCUUCUGUGUCUUCUAUGUGUAAAAUAUGGUUUUGGGUUGAAUUGAAGGUUUGGUUUGGUUGGUUUUGGCUGAAUUCAUGUUCCGCAAUGAAUGUAUUGCACAUUGUGUGUGUGUGUAAGUAAUUUUUGAGUCCAUGUGUGUCUGCGAUUUUCUGUGGGUGCUCAUACAAAACGGCUUUUUCUUCGUGUAUGUUUAGUGAGACGCUUUAAGUGAGGGAUUAAAAUUAAUUUGGGUUGUAAUAGUGCGACAAAGAUGAAUUUAUCACAACACUAGUGUGGCUAUAAUUGUAUGUCUUCACAGGGGAUGCGAUGUUAAAUAAUACUAAUAAUGCUCCUAAUAUCAGGAUAAAGUGCAUUAAUGGUUUUCUGACCUCAUCAGCAAAACUAGUUGUGUCUAAUUUAUGACAGGUAAUGGCCUGUCAUUGCUAUUAUUGUUUUUUACACAAUUUCAAUGAAUUAAUAUAGUGUCUUAUAGACAAUCACUCUUUCACUGUAAAUCAGUUGGAUGAGAAUGAAAUUAUGAGACUUUUUGGGUACAUAGGACCACUAUUUGUUUCUUAUUACCAAUCACUGGGAUUAUACAAGGACUUCAUUCGAAACACAGAUGUAACAUAAUCACCCUGUACUGUAUGUAUCUGUAUUCGGACAAAAAUAAAUGAUUAUGUGAUAGAAAGAAUAGUUUUAAGUAAUUUUAAGUUGUGUAAAUGGAAAAUACACUCAAUGUUCUCUGAAUGGUGCCUGUAAAGUCAUUCCAGUUUAGCAAUGUGUGUACCAGGAAUCUAGGAAUCACAUUAGUCUCUCGUCAUAUAUGUUGAACGUUAAGACUUAAGAUUUAAGGCUGAUUCUAAUGAUGAACAAAUGCAAUCAAAAUGAGACUAGUCUCAUCUCUGCCUGUUGUCCGUGAGUUGUAGAUCACCGAUCCCUUCCAUUUGUCUGUCAGGAGAUAUGUAAUCUGUGGUGUGACAUCACAAUCCGUGUUAUUAAUUCAUAUGAUCGUGUCAAAGUUGGCUGCUAUUAUUGAUCAAGUGUUUUCUCUUUGGCUUGGCUGUGCACUGCAUGCAUUAGUAUAGGUUUAUUUCAAUAAAGUCUACUGCAGUCUG